AUGGUGCAUAAUAAGUGGAGAGAGAUAUGGAGGCUUUCCGUAGAGAGGAAAAAAGUGUUGCAAGAGACACUGGAACAUCUGAUUGAGCUCGAUAGAUUCAGCAACUUUGAAUUCGACGAAUGGCGAUCCAGGUAUCUGAACUGGAUCAAAUCCGAAAGAUUACGAAUCAUGGAUUUUUUUCGACGCCACGAUAAGCAAGGGUACGGGACCCUGACAAGGGAACAAUUUGUGAAGGGCUUCAUGAACUCGGGCUUUCCGACCAAUAAGAUGGAGUUGAGUUCAGUCUUCGAUAGAUUCGCCAAGAACGGACAGCUGGACUAUAUGAACUUCAUCGAGAUUCUUAAAAAUUAUAAGUCGGACCCAAGCGGUUUUGCAUCAUCUCCAAGAGAAAUUAGUAACUGGCGUCAAGUAGACGAUGAAGUUGUCAAUCAGAUAAGCAGAUGCCAAUGUUGCAAGCAGUUUCCCGCCUUUAAAUUGGCUGAUGGGAAAUAUACGUUUGGAAGCAAGAGUAAGCAGUACUUGUUGAGGUUUGUCAACAGAACGGUCAUGGUUCGAGUCGGGGGGGGCUGGGUCAGUUUGGACGAAUUUCUCGCUACUAAUGAUCCGUGCCGGGCUAAAAAUAGAACAAACGUAAAGCUUAGAAACCUGUCUCUGACGAGCCUUAGCCGAUCGGGUAGCAUAACAAGUCUGAACACGGCGAAACUGUCAAACUCGCCCGCCCAGAAAACAGGGGGGCCCAAGAAUUUAGUAAGUAAGAUGGAUUCGACGAUGACUCAAUCCAUGACUAACUUGACUACAGGGAAUCUUUCUGCCUAUUCUAGAAAAGGACAACAGCAAUUAUCAACGCCAUCUUUGAAGGGGACCACAUCUGGUGGCAAGAAAGGGCCGACCGAGUUCACCCCACCGAGAAGGGUAUCCAAGUCCCCCGUCUCCAGCUCUAAAAGGCUUCCUCUGACACCUAAAUAAUCAUAAUAAGAAGAAGAAUAAGAAGAAGAA